AUGGAUGUCAAUGCUUUCAACGACCCUGAACUCCAGGCGUUCAUGAACGAGCAAAUGAAGCAUUGGUUUGCGAUGAAAGGACAGCACAAAAAAGCGUCAGCAGCAUCUAGCGAUGCCCCAACUGUUUUGAAAACCAAAAGCGGAAAGGGUCAGCCACCGCGGGAAUCGGGACCUAAAAAUAAACCGCAAAAAUCAAAAAAAAAAACCUCUUACUACGAAGAUCCAAUCCCGCAGACACCCCACUCGGCAAGUCGGAAAUCACAGCGUGCAACACCUGACGACUAUUCCGAUUCUGACAACAACAGCGACAAUGACGACCUACAGGAACCCACGCCAAUACCAGCAAAAAAAAAAAAUCCCGCUCCCAGCAAGACUGCCGCGAUGCCAAACGUUAACGACGAAGUUAAUCCGUCCACCAAAUCCCAACUAUCAUCCCAGGUAGCACCAGGCAACGCAGCAGACAAAAAGGAGGAGCAUCGCCUAUACAAAAAUCGGAAAAGACUGCGCAAGCGUAUGAACCUUAACCCCGAGAACGGAGCUAUCAAGGACCAAGUUCGGGAUAUACGGGCCGACAUGAGAAUGCUUUGUUUGAGGCGAGGCUAUCGCCUUGAUCGAAAUUUCGAAGCAUUCCGUGAUACUAAAAUGUUUCAGCUUAUACGGAACGUCACCCCCGAUAUGGCGAAGUUACACGGCGAAUGGUGGACUCAAGAGUUGGUCCGAGACCUGAUUCACGCCAUAUGCAUCGACAAAAUUCGGAAUAAAAAUGCCCUGGCUAAAAGAAAAUUGGAGAGAGAACGGAAAAAGGCGGCAGCAGCCAAUAUGGCAGCCACUACUCCGAAACAAGAUAAGUUACCCCUUUCGAUGAAGCGAGCUGCAAUUAUCGACAAACCAGCUAGCGUCCAACCUCACGCCACAGUUCACGAACAGGCCGAUAAUAAUGACGGAGACGAUGAAGACGAAAAUAGUUAUAGCGGAGAUGGCGGAGAGGAAGAAGGGUAUGGGGUGGACCAAGAUGAUGAUGAUGAAGAGGGUGGAGAUGAGGAGAACUUGGAUACAUACAAUGAUCCUCGCCAAUUCCUCAUUAGCCAGAAAGCAGCGACAGCGAUCGAUUCUGUUAGAGCCCGUGUCGCUGAUAUUUCGCGUUCCCCUGUCCGCCAGAAUCCUGUCACCCCCAUCCAUAUGAGAGCGGACAAGCCUAACCAUAACCAACUACCUAAUGUGGUUCUUACAGCUACGCGUACAGAAACAGGAGUUCUCCCAACUGAGUCGGUACCUAACAGUGUUGCAGCGUACGAGUUGUGUACCACCACCGAAACCAGUCCAUCGUCCACAAUGUCUCCAUUGGCAGGUAAAGGUUCAACGGCAAAGGGAGGUUCACAGAGCACUCAAAUUCAUCAAAAUACAGUCCUGAGGGAGCUUCAGAAACCCGAAGAGUUAACAGUUUCGAUUCCGGAGACUCAACCACGACCGCUACCCAAUCGCUCACCACCCCCCUCACAAACUCAUGGUAACGACACACCGGCCUACAUACCCAUCCGAAUGAUUGGGUUCUCGCCUACGUAUGUUCCUACCAACAUUACAUACGAAGAAUUUGAAAGGCGCAUUGCUCAACGUGUUGAAAUCCCCGACGACAAAUUCUUAGUAUACCUCCCCAAUGAGGCAGGUCCGGGCAGGAAAUGGUUGACUGUCGGAGUUCAAAGUGCUUGGGUCAAACUCGUCCGGAUAUGUGGCGAAGCUGGGGCAACUGUGAGGGUUGUAGAUGAAUCGUGGUUUGAUGAAGAUGCAGCUGAUUGGGGUCUGGAACAGGCGGUUAUGGAUACCAGUGCAGUAGAUCCAGCCAUUUUGUCAGUUGAUGCUGGGACGAAGCCCAAAAAGGGGAGAGCGAAGCGUGCGCAGAUGACUGGAUACCAGAUUCCGGAUUCCCAGAUUCCGGUGUCUCAGAUUCCGGAGCCCCAGAUUCCAGAGACCCAGGGCAUCCAAGCUCUGCGCCGCCGUGGUCCAGCGGCCGGAAAGGUUCCGGUGCCGCAAAGACUACCAAUUCCAAUGCAACUACCUCCAAUGCCACUGCCAAGAGUUCGAGCGGGAGAGCCAUCAAAAGAAGCAAAAUCUAAAGCGCAAGCGAGAAGAAUUCGCACUCUAAACGAUUGGGAUUACUAA